AUGGGCCGGGCUGCGACGGGGGCGGGGAGGGGACGGAGGGGAAAGGGGGAGACAAGCCACGGGGGCGCGGGGCGCCAGCGGGGACGGGGCUCCCCGCGGGAGGCGGCGGCGAGGCAGGGGGGCGCCGCCGGCAACCGGCGGCCCGAGCGGGGCGGCGAGGGCGGGGAGGGCAGGGCAGCAGCGACGUGCAGAAGCGAACGCGCCGCGCCCGCCGCUGUCACCGCCGGGGGGCCGGGGGGGCCGCGCCGCGCGCCCGGACACGCCCCGCCGCGGCCGUCGGCGGGCGGUGGCAGCGCCGCCAUUGGCUGGGGCCGCGCGGGGGCGGGGCCGGCGGGCGGGCGCGCGGCGUCGCCAUUGGCUGGAGCGGCGUGGUGGGCGGGGCGAGGGGCCGCGGCGCGCGGCGUGGGCCGGGCCGGGGCAGAGCGAGAAGUUGGCGGCGGCGGCGGCGGCGGGAGCGGGGCGGCGGGAGCGCAGGCGGGCCCCGCCGCCCCCCGUCACCCUCCAGGAGCAGGUGAGCCACUGACUAACGCACAUUGUGCUCUCGGCGACUCCACUGUGCGUGUGACAGCGGCUAACCUGCUCCUCGGACAUCGCUGUGCGGCCGCCUCGCCUCCACGGACCCGCACCUCGACGCCUCGACGCCCGCCUCCCCUCCCGGCCGGCCCCGGUGAGGGGCUCCGGCGUGGCAAGGAGUCGGCGUCCCCCACCCAGCGCCACUGUCCCGUCUCCAGCAGCUCCCCAUGCUCAGCGCCGUGGACCCCCGAUGCGCCGUGGGUAGCGCCCCGCGAUCGGCCGCACUGCUCAGCGGAGCGUGGAAAGAUGGAACACUUCUCGCAGCAGGGCUCAGGCAAGGUAGAAUGCACUCAGUCUGUACUCUGAGACAGAAAGAAAAAUCAUCAUAGGAGAGCAGACAAUGCUCCCUGCAUGGACACGCACACCAGUUCAAGCAGCUCUUCUCCAUCUGCAGUGAACUACCCUGGUAGAAGCUGUGCACCCAGGAGCAGCAGAGCAUCUGGACACCACUUGGGGAGCAAAGCCAACAGGCAUUUUCUCCUCCAGAUAUUCACACCUUUCCUUAUGUAACUGGAGCUGAAGUGUGUGCUUUAAAAGCUGCUUGCCAAAUUCAGGGGCUGGGAGGCAGCACAAGUGCUUCUACCACUCUAGAUGAAAUUUAGGGGGAAAAAAUCCAAACCCAAACACUGAGGAACUCGUACAAAUCUGUGACUGCGAACUGGGGGUGGUGUAAGUGUCUUGAGAAACUGUACUGGCCUGGGGCAGUGCUGCCACCCAGACCAUCUGCACAGGAUGCUGACAGUCCAGAGUAGAUAGGUGAGGAGAUGGGGGCAAGUUCCUCUAUUGCCAUAUUAAAAAAAAAAUUAAAAAUCAUGUAGUGCAGUGAGGAAAAGAGCUCCAGGGAGGCUGGAGGUGGCUGAAUUACUCUCCUGAAUGGUGCCUUGUGCUGACAGAGCCUGCGGAUUUAUUUAAAAAAAAAAAAAAAAAAAAAAGAAAGGCA